AUUGAUGGCUGAGAGGAGAAGUUUAAGAAUAAGAGGAAGCAGAAAAUAUGACAACAUCUUAUUAGACGAACCUAUUCUUACCAAUGAAUAUUUUACCUUUAAUGCACUGCCAGUAGACUGCAAAUUAAAGGUUUUUUCCUACUUGGACCACAUAGAGAAAGGCUGUAUUUUAACAGUAUGUAAAGAAUGGUAUCACCUCCUCCUUCAUCCAAGUGUUUGGGACCAACUGUCCAUAUGGAACUUCCCAGUGACAUGCCUUCCGUCACAAGUUGUUCAUGAAAGAGUUGAAAACUGUUACUCAUGCUAUAAGAAACGGGUUCAUCUUUUUUGCAAGUUCAUUUUAUGUACUAAACCUCGGCCAAAACGUUUUGAAUUUAAGUUCAACAUUGGAGAAUGUUCAAGUGGUUACUUAAAUCUUGUGGAAUCAUUAAUGAUAAAUCUCAAUUAUCGUGAAUGUAAAGUUUGCUCUUUAAACUGGAAAGAAACACCAUGCCGGCCUUACUGGAUACCACCGGACGACGACAAAGAAAACGAUAUAAUGUAUAGACAUCGUUUAAGAGCAAGAUAUUUUGUUAACAUGUUUGACCUUUUUACUAAAAAGGCAACUGCUAUACGGACGCUAGUAAUGCCAUUUGAUUGGUGUUCCAGAAGUGUGAAGUGUUUGACAAGAUUGAAAAACAUUCAUAGUUUAGUUCUUGAGAAAUACUUUGUAUUUCAAUGUCUUGACCAAAAAAUGUUGACAGAAGUUUUAGCAGGGCUUCCUGCUCUACGCAGAUUUAUGUUAGAAGUUUGGACACCAAGUGGACCAACUCUAUCACUUUACUCAGUAUCUUCAAACUCAGUGGCUUAUUUUGAUAUCUCUCAGAGUAGAGGAUUCUAUCUAAAGACAAUUGACAUGCCACGAUUAGAAAAGUUUCGUAUAUUGAGACAUCCAUGGAAUGGACCAUUGGUCACUUCAGAUAAAAUCAACAUCCCCUGCCUUUACAGAAUAUUGGUGUCUGGAGCUCCAAAUCUUUGUACAAUCAAUGACCACUACUUAGAACCAGAGUGGCGGGAGUUCUGUUACCCUAGGCUUGAUGAAGUUCUACGCUCUGUUUGCUCUUGUAAACAACACAAAACUGGAUGGGCAAUGUAAAAGUGUUCAAAAAUUGUGAUCACUUGACUAAUGUACAUUUUAAUAACAAAAUAUAUUCUUUGUCAUGAAAGUUAAAUACUUAUUGUAACUUAAUCAAAACAUACAAUUUUGCUGUAUAUAAUAGUAACUGCUUAGUCAUAAAUUGUAAUCUGGUUUUGAUAUUUUCAGAAAGACU